GGCCCCUCGGUCCUCGGUCGGUCGGUUGGUUGGUUCCGGACCUAGCGAGCUUUGGGGUACUUUCUGCCAGCACAGUUUCGUGCCGAGUUGCGACUUUGGUGAACGCGCGCGCGUGCUCGUGCUUACUACUUGCUUGAUCGUCUUGUUGUAAUAAGUAGAAAUUUGUUCGUUGACGUCAUUGAGCGCUGAGUGCGCUCAGCCUCGCAGAGAACCUUAAAAGGGAUCAUUCCAUUCCUACUGUUGUUCUACCGCUCGCUGCUGUGACAACAAAGGGAAGGUGUGCUAGAAUUAAGUUACGCUCCACGGUGGGAUAUUCGGUUUCAAAACGCGUGCAGUCGUCCGUCUCCGUAUAGUCCGACCGACAGUGAUUGCGUAGUGAGAGUCAGCAACUUUGAUAAUUACUCAUACGCCAGAGCCCUGGAUAGCAGCAGCAGCAGCAACAGCAGGGGCAGUAGCAACUCUGGGGCUAGGGCUUAGAAGAUAAGAUCCUCGCCAUUGAGUGGCUGGCUGCGGUGUGUUGUGUGUUUGUUUGAGUAAGAGCGGUGCGCGGCUGUCGUCGGCCGGGCGCAGGUGGAUGAGAUCACACUCGCGGUGCAGAUUCGCUGUGCGAUGGAAGAGUGAGAAAAAGUACGUCGAGGCGCAACCUCGAACUAUGACGAUUUUCAUUUGAAUGGAAAACAUUUAAUUGUUCAAACGUCGUCGUCGUCGCGGGUGUUGAAUCACAUGACGUUGUGUACGUACGCACGCAUUCGACGACGGCCGGCCGUGAACGUGUGAUUCGCCGAAUACAGCGCGAUAGUUCCGGCGUUGCCCUAUUGCGGUGUGAAAGUGACGAAUGUGCGGUAGUGAAAUCGAUUCACUGGAAGUUCCGAUCCAGCAGCGGAUCGUAAAAAAAGUGCAUUUAACGCUUACAGAACAUCAGCAGACUCAGGUCAUCACGAAGCACCACGCCAUACAGUCAGUGUUGUUACCGUUCCCGUUGUAAUCUUAUCUUGCUCGUUGCUCGGGAAGAAGACCAUGUUUCGUUACGUUGGCAAAAAGAUAAGAUAUCGUCUCUGUUGUCCGUGUGCGCUCUUUGUGUGCCGCAAUAGCCGCGGCGAUUGCUGCAAAAAUUCAUCAUCUUAUGUCUUGUUUUCUCCUCGGGGAUAAAGAUCCGAUGACCUGGCAAACGCCCGCUCCAGAGCCGACGACGAUGACCUUCGCUAUCUGAGCAAGCGCUCUCCAUCGUAGGACAAUUCAGUGUAGUGUACUCCACAACCAUUGAACCAAAGUGAAUGUGAUAGUGUUUUGCGUUGCGAAGCUCACUAGCAACGCCACGUGUUUACAAUACAAACUGUUAUCCAAACUCUCCUUUUUCACACACCAUGAGUUCCAAGGAGUUCGAACGCAACGAGCCGAACCGGCGUAGCAUCCGGCUCAAACCGAACAAAAUGGAGGUGGUCACCCUUGGCGAGCUUCCGAUCGCCGCCAAACGCACCACCCUCCUCAGCCCACAGCCGACCCGAGUCGCCGUCCGAAACUUCCGCAACGAACAAACCUCCCACGGACAAAUCGAAAUCCGUGACAACUACAGUCUAAAGCUCAGCGACAUCACCGGGUCCACCCCGAAGCAUGCCGACUCGGCUCCCCUAACCCCGGAAGUCGACUCCCUCUCGGUCCUGCAAAACCUCGAACGCCAAAUCAACACCAUGGAGUUCGACACCCGCAUGAAGGCCGAUCACUCCGCCGACGUCCUGGACACCAAAAAGGACCGACCGGUCCACUACGGGGAGCUCCCAAGCCUCCUGAACACCGGCAUCAGUGACGUGUCCGGCAACGGCUUCGGCUACAUGGACAAAGCCGGCGACAGCGACAGCGACGACAACCUCGGCCCUACCUCCUUCAAGCGUGGCGAGGACUCGCGCAGCUCCACCGGAGGUGCCAUCUCCUCGACCACCACUCGCAAACUGAAAACCACUCGCGUCAUCAACCGGACCGCCUCGGAUUCCAAACAGGCCGAAACAACCGCCAAGCUGCUCCGGCAAAAGAAACCCGCACCUCGCCCGCCUAUGAUAAUCCCAACGACCUCGCCACCCCAAGUCACCAAAAUGGUUCCGAAGGACCUCCCUGCGGUGGUACCGGCGACACCGGCCACCCUAGCCGGAGCAUCCUCCGGGAGCAACUCCACAACGGGCUCCUCCACGGGCAGUUCCUCAAUCGCUGCAGCUAGUGCUGCUGCGGCAGCAGCCAAGGCGUCGCCCAUGAGCAGCGUGAAGAAUUCCACCGAACGGAAGAUCAGCUCCGAGAUACUGAAGCACCUGGUCAGUCCGCAGAAAUCUCAGG